AUCGUAGCCUAAGAAUGUUAGUCCUAUAUGUUGUAAUAGCUAUAGGGUAUGAAGAAAAGUAAUAAUCAUUUUGUUAUACGUUUCUGGAAGUGAUUUGAUUUCAGUGGACGAGAAACAGGAUGGACACCUGCAAUGAGUGAAAGUAGGCUAAAGUUGUUGGUCCAAAACGUAUACAGUUUAAUAACAUUUUAAUGUAAAUGGCUUAUUCCAAUGCCUUAGCUACUUCAAAAUAUCAUCAACAUGGAACCAAUUUCAAAACCUGUUAAAUCGUUUAUUUCGUUUCGUUAUUAGCCUCUAAAUUGAUGUGUUUCGUUCUGCAAAUGGGCUGAAUUGAUCGUGAGGUUUAUAACCUUGGCAGAAUUUCCAUUCGUUGUGUUAGUGCCUUUUCUCAAAGUUGAAGGUCCUUGUUGCUUUACAGGACACGCUAUUUAAUCGGGCACUACAUAUUUUGUCGAACUAUUCGUUAACUGUUUGGUUAAAUUCACUCUUAUGUGAAAAUAAUAAUCGGUAUUGCUAUAACAAGGAAUACCUCAAUACCUUAUGUUUGUAAUUGAUGCUGUUCGGUUGUCAGGGUUUUUGCCCCACCUUCAUGACAAAAAUGCGUUUCAGAACCAUUAGAUAAGUCAAUAUUUUAUUCAUUCCAAAUCUAGUAGCCUAGUUAUUCUCAUCAAUUUCGAUAAGCUUGAGAUCGUCUCUACAUUACCCCCAUUUUAAUAAUUCGAUUAAAGAAGUCAUUUGCUGAAGUCCUUUUGUUAAUUGGAUAAAAUAAUCCUAACAGUUAUUCAUAUGUUGUGGUAAUUAUGAUUUAAUGUCGAAAGAAAUGUAAAAUAUGAAAUACCAGUCAUCUCAUGGAUUUCGAUCCUCCAACUCUAUGGAAAGUAGCCUUCUACUCCAAAUACGUUCCAUGGCGCCAAGACACCUGCAACGAGCGCGCUCCAAUAAACUUGUACUGAUUAAGAUUGCUUGUAUGCUGUGUAAUGUGCCUCAAAGGUGUCGUCUUUAUCAUCAAUUGGGACAGGUACAUCGCUUCUUUUUAAAUCACCUUGAACUUUCUUUAAACUAGCAUAUUGUGAUUUUAACCCAGGAACGUCUGCAUUAAACUUGAUUAAACGAAACAAUUAAAAUAGCGAGUUUUGCGCGCCCCUUUUUACGCGUGCAGUGCUGGACACCAUUUCGUUUUUAUCGGUGUGUAAAGAUGUAGUGGUUACUUGUGUUAUUAAAGAGCCGACAUACAACCACGAACGGGAAGGAAGAGGAACUUUUGUACAAGAAGGAAAGAGUGGGGACCUCGCAUCACCGCUUUGCCUCUCUCACUCAGCAAACAGAGACGUGCUAAACAACUCAGUGGGUGGCUGCGUAUCGUUUUCACAAGCGACAUAAAAACCAGUUCAAUCGCCUACCUUUAUCGUACAGUCCAUUGUAGCAGUCACUCAGUCGUUGAUUCUCAUUUAGUCAUUUAAACACGUUAUAACUAGUCUGGAUAGCCUGACUGAAUCGCAUCAACCCAUACACAAGCGCAUUUACCCUUUGGCGCAAACCAUUGCAGCAACAAUUCUUGCUUAGUCCAUAACCGGAUGGCAGCUUUUUUCUCUCUCUCUCACUCUAAAUUGGGAAGUGAAGUCACUCUAACAACGCAUUAGGGCUGGGUCCCUACUGGUGAAACGACGUCCUUUUUAAUUUCUUAGAACAUUGCACACACAAACCUGCUGAUUAACCUACAAAUCAACGAUGACAAUCUUCCUAAUCUGACUGUGCCUAAAAGUUGAUGAGGCUGAUGAUUGGACAUAGAGCAAUAAAGGUGCAGAUAUGGUUGGGCUUCUAUAGGCUUUGCUCCGAGUGUUGUUAUCAUUCAGCAAUGUUUUGAGAAAUAUGAUGCAUUUUGAGGUGCACAAACACAUUACAUAAUGUGUGUUCCAAGCAACAUGUAAUUUACAAAUGAAUGUAGGCCUAUUUCUAAUUUGUUUUUGGGCAUUGUUGAGAUGAAUACAUUCGCUUGUCAUUCAAAAGCCUGUUGCAACUUUCUAAGCUUAAACUUGAAUAGCCUCACCAUAAUAACCAUAGUGGUAAUGAACAUUGUAUACCCUUCCUGUAGUUUUUUCUAAAUAUGACUCCGGAAAUUGCAACUGAUGUCAAAAAAAUCUCUGACCGCAAACUUGCACACUGUGAUAAAAAGAACCUCAUCACAAAGUAGGUUACAAAGUAAGACCGUGUUCCCCUUAGCAAACGAAUCAUCAAACGUUCUAUGUAGGAAAGGGCAUAUUUUAAGACCUUUACUUUCUUAGUCUGCAAGUCGGCCUAUAGAUGGUGACUAUAGAUAUGGCUAUAAUCUGAUAGACCCAAUGCACUUCCGUGAGUUUGAACGUAAAAGGUGACUUUAAACAAAUUCAGAAAACAUUGUUUUAUUAUUUAAUAGUGUGCAAAGUUAGACAAUAGAAGAUGUGAGUUUCUGUAUUUCAUUAGAAAAUAUGUGUCUUUUUAAAUUAGCAAUGUCCAUGGGUUUAUCAUGAAAGCUACCACACAUUGCUUAUGUCUCAAUCUGGCUUUAACGCAUGCAUGGAGUAACCUACUUUAGUUUGUCUAUCACCAUAAUAUGUUCAGAAAAUCGAAACUUUCUUUGGCCUUUUAUGUCAAAAUAAAUUCAACUAAAUAAAUAUCCCAGCUGAGAUGAUCCCAAGCCCUUUACAAGGCACAUUAAUAGCCUACUAGUAUGCCUAGAUUUAGUAUGCAUUUUCUGUCUUAUUCAUUUAAAUGUUUCCUCAUUUGUGAAAGGAAAUAACGAAAUAUAUUUGAACUGUCCCUUCAGUCCACUGAACAAUGUUUAGGCCCAUUUUUAUGUAUUAAGAUAAUCUAUGAGACAUUUUGAUUAAGGUUAUAGCAUUGUUCAGCUUUGUAAUAUUCUGGAGUUUUUCAUUGUGUCAUUCAGUUGGUAAACCAGUUGACUUGAUGAUGGACUCUUCAUCAUUAGGCCGGCCAGGAGGUUGUGUAACUCGAAACCCCUUGUGUCCUUGUUUGGAGACGGGGGGUCCCAAUCACGACUCGUGUGUCUCCCACACCGUGCACGACUUGGCAGCUCACUUUUCCAGAUGUAUUUUUUUCUCUGCUGGGGAAAAUUGCGGUGUUUGUUUAUACAAGGCGCUUGUGUGGGCCUUAUCUGCUCAGGCCACUCACACCGUGAUUUCAGAGCUUCAGCAUGUAGUUUACGGGCUAUUGUUCUGUCGAAUGGCUUCUAAAGAUAUGCUCAUGGCCUCCCACCUCAUUAUAAGCAACUUGCAAUUUCUGAUUUUUAAAACACCCUAUCUGUCCUCCGCCCUGGCUGGCAUGGGUUUAUGCUUUGUCGAUGUUGCCAAGCAUAGAAAAAGGUCAUGAUUUCCAUAGAUUUUUUUAAUGAACAAGUCAAUAGCCAAUUGAUAGGCAUACAGGCGUUUUGGUGUAGCCUAUUAGGUCGCUAUUGACCUAAUUGGGGGAAAACAUUUUCUCAGUACAUUGAUUGGCUAGUUUUAUAUUGGCCUAAUUUAAAUAAAAUAAUUUGUAGAUCAAGUUGUAUUCCUAUAAAAUAUAUCUAUGAAUAUACUAAAACUCUCCAUACAUUAUAUGAUCAUGAAUGGGUUGUCAAUUUAUCAUGGGAGUAAGAUAGCCAAUUGGGCAUGCAAUGUUAAUUAGAUUUUGGGCGCUCAAUUGACCAUUUUAUGAUACAUUUUUGUGAAUGGGUGUGUGUCUGGCUGCCAAAUCUGUGUUCGUGAGUCGUGGCUGACGUCACGGCCAGUUAAACAGCAGUUUUUUGGGACCGGGGAGUCACGAAGCAAGAGGACACAUUCCUUUGCACCGGGGAGCAGGCACGCCCCUCAAAGCUCCGCUGCUUUAUAACGGGACUGGGUCGGGCAGAGGGAGACAACACAACUGUAACUCUGAACUCCAAGUGGAAGCAACUGUUCCCGUCAAAUACGUACUGGGAUACCAUCCUGAAAUCCAACGAGAGAAACAUAGACACCAGAGACUCUAAAAUAAAGAUGGAUAUGUACCAAGCUGGAUAUUAUAUGGAAGAUUUCAGGACACAGGAAGUCCCUGCUGGUUUGGACUUUGCAUCAUAUGACUACAGUGAUGAAGACCUGUCUUUUCUAUUAGACAGUAAAGGACCCGAGCAGCAGUAUCCAGAGAGUUAUGGAGAGCUGCAGAAGAAUCCAUGUCCGUACGACAACAAAGUAACCUCCAGUGACUCUGUCCUGUUCAACCUGGAUUCAUACCCAGAGUUUAACUGUUGGGCAUCAUACCCAAGUGAUGGGCUGACUUUGGACCAGUCUCAAGCGGGGUUCCAGGAUUCCACCCAGACGUACCACAGCCUUGUGCCCCUGUGUUCUCCAGCCCAGAGUGGACAGUUCAGCCCGGGCAUGGAGGAUGCCAGCACCAGCAACUCCUUCCUCCCUGGAAAAGGAACGAGCCACAGCGGGUCCCCCAGCACUGUCAGCCUGGAACACCUCAGUGAAGCUGAACAAAGCUACACCCGUCACUCAGGUGAACAACUGUACGACUCAGAAGCACAGAAGACGUCACCCUCCUUCUGGCCAGACUACCCCUCUCCCAGCUACAGCGCAUCCCUGCUGCCCCCUCACCACCCUCCAUCUUGUUCCUCAACCCCUGGACCACAGCAGCCUUCAGAGCAAUACUGCCCCCGUGUGGCCAAACGCAAAAAUACACACUCUCAAAGACACGAGAGGGAAAGAGGACAAGUGAUGGGAAUGUCAGUUUAUCCAGGAUCAGGGCCCAUCCAAUUGUGGCAGUUCUUACUGGAGCUGCUUCUAGACUCCGCCUGCUGUACCUUCAUCUGCUGGACAGGAGACGGUUGGGAGUUCAAGAUGUCCGACCCAGCAGAGGUGGCCAAGCGCUGGGGCCAGUGUAAGAACAAGCCCAAGAUGAACUACGAGAAGCUGAGCCGUGGCUUGCGCUACUACUACCACAAGAACAUCAUCCACAAAACCACGGGCAAGCGCUACGUCUACCGCUUCGUCUUGGACGUGCAGGGGAUGCUGGGAAAGACGGCACAGGAGGUCCUGGCCAGCAUGAACAUUUUACCCAUGGGGACAGAGUCCUCCUGGCAAGGCCAGGGGACACCAGUAUCAUCACCAGUGUCCAGCGAAGCAUGGGCGUCGCAGUAGAGGGAGUGUACCAGCAGCACUGGUUCUCAUUGGUGCUAUUGUCUCUUGAUAGUGUUAUGGCUACAUCACUAGAAAUAUGCUAUGUAGAACAUGCAUGCCUCUUUGACAUGUAGAAAAUGAAUAACAUCGGCUCUAUUCAUGGGAUUUCUAUCUGCAACAUUAGACAAUGUUCGGUGUAAAACUUUUAUUACCAAGUGAUACAGUAGUAGCCAUAGCUGUGGGAAGUAGGCGUGUUGAGGUUGCUGCAGCACUACUAAAAAGUAUGUAGUAGCCUUCAAUUUGAUUAGGUUUUAGUGUAUGACUUACCUCCUAUUAACAUCAGCAGAAUAAGAGCUCAAUGAAACGGUAAGUCCAGCUGUCUCCAAUACUGAUGUUCUUUAUGGUAAUGACAUGGUUAGUGAUGAACAAUCCUCCUCCAUCCUCAAGUACUUCUUGCCCCCUCUAAAAUAAUGGGUGCAUGACACCCCUGCUUAGCACCCAUGCUGUUGAACAAUGUUUGACAUUAACUUUGACUGUGAGGAUCUGUCUAUUUUUAUACUCUUACAUAUCUACCUCUUUUAUUGCUGACAAAAUAAAGCUAAGAGGGACAAUGUUUGUUCUGUUGAAUAUGUGUGAUUUACAUGAUUUAGGGAACACUGUUGUUUGUAAAAUGAUUGUAAAUAAACUGUACAUAACUUGAAAA